AUGGUGCAAGUGACAAAACGUGGAAUCAGAACCAGACUUCCCAGUGCCUUUGCUCCUGGAAACUACACAGUGCUAUGUGGACGAGGCAAGGAGUACACUUCGUCGACCGGUAACAAACACUUGAAAUCGCUUGUCCACAAAUAUCUCAAACCAUAUUCCGAAGCCAAAAACAAAAUGGCCAAGUCUUCGAUUGUGGCCGAGAUUAUGGGACAAAUCAAAGUUUUAUGCACCGAUGUAGCGUUUGUCAAGCUGGAAAAUGGAGUUUGGUGGGAGGUUGACGAUGCCUUUGCACGAGAAAAGAUUGGAUGCAUGUUCCGUGACACCCUCCACACCCAAUACCGAUCAAGUACCAAAGCGAAGUUCGCAAGAAAGAAGGCCAAGCAAAUAGGAUCAAACAGAAGGGAUUCUUCUUCCUCUUCUUGUUCAAGUGUGGCGGAGAGUAUCCAGAGUAUGGUCUCCACACUAUCGAGCUCAUCCGCGGAAACCUAUGCCUCAGAUUAUGCUGCUAAAGUCUUUGGACAAGCAUGCCCCCAAAUGAGUUCCCAGCAGAAAGUUGAACCCGCAAUGCUUCUUAACCCGCUCAAUGGAUACUACUCACUGCUUUCUAGCUACUUGACGGGCGGCCCAAACCAGUCGCAACAGCAACAGCCAAAGAAGUCGUCCGACCCUAUCGACUUCUGCGUGGUACCAAUGAAGCCGCUUUCAGCUUCGCAGCCUGUACAUCUGCUGGAUGAUUUCGCCGAUGAUCUUUCAGGGAUCUUCGAUGACUUUUGA